AUGCAACGAAGAGUGGUUGUAACAGGUAUCGGAGUAUUAUCGCCACUGGGUUCAAAUUUAAAGCAGGCCUGGAAAAACAUAAUCGCAGGCCGGUGCGGCAUUACGAAGUUAGACGAACCAGAAUACGCAUCGCUGCCUUGUAGGGUGGCUGGUUUUGUGACAGAAAAUGGGAAAAAAAUUAAUCUUUUAGAUCAUUUUUCCAAGAGUGAACUCAGAUCCAUGGCCCCUGCAACUAGUUUUGCUCUACUCUCUGCCAAAGAAGCGUUAGAGGAUGCUAACCUGCUCCAAGCUGAUGAAGAUAUUAAACUGCGCACUGGAGUAGCUGUUGGCAUGGGAAUGAUUGAUCUUCAAGAGGUAUGCAAUACCUACGAGUCUCUUCAAAAAGGAUACCAUCAUGUUAGCCCUUUUUUUGUACCUAGAAUAUUGCCGAAUAUGGCAGCAGGUCAAAUUAGUAUAAAAUAUGGUUUUCGAGGGCCAAAUCAUUCAGUUUCUACAGCAUGUGCAACAGGUGCUCAUUCAAUUGGUGAUUCUUUUCGAUUUAUAAGAAAUGGAGAUGCUGAUGUGAUGGUGUGUGGGGGUGCCGAGUCAUGCAUUUCCCCAUUAGCCAUAGCGGGUUUCGGUAGACUCAGAGCUUUAAGCACAUCUUUUAAUGAUCAUCCUGAGAAAGCAUCUAGGCCUUUUGAUAAGCUUCGUGAUGGUUUUGUAAUGGGAGAAGGUAGUGCUAUAAUUGUCUUGGAAGAGCUUAUCCAUGCACAGAAAAGAAACUCACACAUUUAUGCUGAAGUUUUAGGAUAUGGCUUGUCUGGAGAUGCAUCACAUUUGACAUCUCCUCGGGCUGACGGCACUGGGGCCUACUCGGCCAUGGAAAGGGCAAUAAAAGAUGCAAAUAUUGAUGUAUCAGAUGUGACCUAUGUAAAUGCUCAUGCGACUUCAACGCCCAUAGGAGACAUAAUUGAAACAAAAGCCAUAAAAAAUCUUUUUAAUAAUAACAUGCAAGGCAGAGCAAUUUCUUCCACAAAAGGGGCGCAUGGCCAUUUAUUGGGAGCCGCAGGAAAUUUGGAGGCUGUGUUUGCUAUAAAGGCCGUGGAAGAGGGAAUUCUACCACCCACAAUAAAUUUAGAAAACAUUGAAGAUGAGGAAGUUAAUUUUGUGGCAAAAGUUAGUCAGAAAUGGAACAGUGAACGACGAAUAGCAUUAAAAAAUGCUUUCGGGUUUGGUGGAACCAAUGCCUGCUUAUGUAUUGCUCAGUUUAUUAGAUAAAAAUAAAAAAAUCUCUUUCAUUGUCAUUAAAAAUUGUGAUAUUAUACAUGUAGCUAGGAUUAUUUAUUUUUAUAUAUUAAAUGAAUAAUAAUAAUGAUGAAUAAAUUUUAUG